GAGAACACCUUCCACUCAGGCCUCUCGUGUGCAACUGGGAAAGGGAGGCACACUACGCUUUGAGUGACUGAGUCAAUGUGUGUGAGUUUGUGAGUGAGUGAACAAGAUGACCAGAAGGACUGUGUCAGUUCCGCAUCCCAGCGGGGAUCCAACUCCAAGUAAUUUUGGAGAGAAAGACCCUCUCAAAUCAAAUGGAGACCCCCAUGCCGGAGCCCCCGAGGAGAAGGUGGAACUGCGGAAGAAGGUGACCCUGCUCAGAGGAAUCUCUAUCAUCACUGGGACGAUAAUUGGAGCGGGAAUAUUCAUUUCUCCAAAGGGAAUUCUGAAGAACUCAGGCAGUGUGGGAAUGUCACUGGUGGUGUGGAUUGCCUGUGGGAUUCUCUCUCUUUUCGGUGCUCUUUCAUAUGCUGAGCUGGGUACGAGUAUUAAAAAGUCUGGUGGCCAUUAUACAUACAUUCUGGAGGCGUUUGGUCCGCAAGUGGCUUUUAUGAGAAUGUGGGUCGACAUGAUUGCCAUAAGACCUGCAGGUUUGGCUGUGAUCGCUCUGGCAUUUGGCCGCUAUAUUUUAGAGCCCAUCUUCAUGCCAUGUGGAGUUCCUGAAAUUGCCAUUAAAUUGGCCACAACAAUCGGACUCACUGCGGUAAUGUAUCUAAACAGCAUGAGUGUAAGCUGGACUGCCAGAAUCCAGAUCUUCCUCACAUUCAGCAAGCUGCUCACUAUUGCCACUAUCAUUGUUCCAGGAGUAUACCUACUUUUCAAAGGUGAGACCAAAAACUUUGAGAAUGCAUUUGAGGACAGCACCGUACAUUUGUCUGGACUUCCUCUCGCCUUCUACUCAGGGAUGUUCGCCUAUGCCGGCUGGUUUUACUUGAAUUUUGUGACUGAGGAGGUGGAGAAUCCUGAGAGGACGGUGCCUCUUGCCAUCUGUAUCUCCAUGGUGAUAGUAAUGAUCUGUUACACAAUGACAAACGUGGCAUAUUACACUGUGAUGUCAGCAGAAGAGCUGUUAGCCUCCAAUGCCGUAGCUGUGACUUUUGCAGAGAAGCUGAUGGGAAACGUUUCAUUUGCAGUUCCGGUUUUUGUGGCUCUGUCUUGCUUUGGGUCCAUGAAUGGAUGCCUAUUUGCUAUCUCAAGAAUGUUCUUUGUUGCCUCUCGAGAAGGUCAGCUUCCUGAAGUUCUCUCUAUGAUUCACAUUCGCCGACACACGCCAUUACCUGCUGUGAUUGUCCUGUAUCCAAUCACACUACUGAUCCUCUUCUUAGGGGACAUCUACAGCCUGCUGAACUUCAUGAGCUUCCUGCGCUGGUUGUUCAUCGGGGUUGCUGUCAUCGGCCUCAUCUACAUGCGCUACACACGCCCUGAUAUGCCGCGACCAUUUAAGGUCCCUAUUUUCAUCCCUGCUGUGUUCUCCUUCACCUGUUUCUUCAUGGUCUUCCUUUCUCUAUAUUCGGAUCCAGUUAAUACUGGUAUUGGCUUCGCCAUCUCUCUCACAGGCAUCCCUGCGUACUACAUAUUCAUCCACUGCGAAAGAAAACCCAAAUGGUUCCAGAAAUUGUCAGAUUCUGUGAACAGAUCACUACAGAUCAUCUUAGAAGUGGUUCCUGCUGAUCACUGACCAUUAUCCUUUUUCUCUGUGCAUGUGUGUGUAGGCAAUACAGUAUCUGUUCAUUCAUGUAGUACCUAGUACAGUAGUUCUCAGCUGGUGGGUCAAUGGGUUGCAAGUGUGUUCUGAUUGACAGCAGAGAGAGAACAAUCCUAAAUGCAAAUAAUAAAAUGCAACUGAAGCAAAACCAGUUGAGAGCUACUGCUGUCAUAUAUCCAAAAUUAAAUACAAUAUCUCAAAUGUCUCUGCCUCAGUCCACCCGACAAAGAGACGUAACACUGUCAUUUCAACACAUUAUUCAUUUUCCAAAGCUGUGAAUGACUUAACGUGACAUAACAUAAAUUACAUGCAUUUCACUGGUGAUUUAGGACCUUGGCCAGCUUUCCUCUUCCACUUAUUCAAUUUGCACUGCUAUAUCUUUAUACACGCCAAUGUCACAUACGUCAUAAGUGAUUCCACUGAGGUGUGACUCAAGAAUUGGCUCAGCCAGGGAUUUUGACAUAACCUGUUUCACUCUCUUCUGGCUGAGAUAUUUGAAAUCCUGUUAUGCAGACAUGACUGUACAUGUACAAACUGAAUAAUGGCUAUGUAGGGUAUUUGUAGGGUGUAGGGUCUUGUCUAACCAAUAGGUUUUCUAAAACAUCUCACAUACACUACAGUGAUAUUUCUGUAUACGAUACACUGAAUAAUAUAAUUGUAUAUGGACUACUACAGUAGAAACAACUUUUGUAAAGCUACAAGAAAA